CCAGUAAGCUGCCAGAGUUGAAGCCGAUUGGUCUCUGCUUUUCCUUGCCUGUGGCAACUGACAGCACCUCCCAGCCUAGCAGGCCGGCUGCCUGCCUGCUCCCUCAGCCAGUCGGUGGGUCUGGGCACUGCAGCAGGCUCGGCUCUGUCCCAGCGCUUGCCUGGGAGAAAAGUCGUGUACUCACCCAGAGAGAAUCUUUCUACCUUCUUUCUCUCUCGAUUUCUCUGGGUGCUUUUGUGUUUCUUUCUUUUUUUUUUUUUCCUUGUGUUUACUUAAUUGUAUUCCUAAUCCUGGAUGAAGUUGCUGGAUUCUGCAGCACAAGUCUUCAUGAACAAGCAGCACCGCUCAGAGAUUUCACGGCAUUCAAAGGUCACAGAACUGCCACUAUGGUUAAAUGUCUUGUUUAAUGGUUGAGAGGUGUGGCGAAAUCUUGUUUGAAAACCCUGAUCAGAAUGUCAAAUGUGUUUGCAUGCUAGCUGCAUUUCCCACUGGGCAUUGCUGUUGCUCUUGGUCCGUAAGUUGCUGCAGUUACAGCUCUUGAUGAUGUCAAACAGUCCCAGCUGAAGAGACUUGAGAAAUGGGAGCAAGCUUUCCUCUGUCUGAACUUCUUUUAUCCUAUCUGAACUUAAAAGUCAAAGAUUAAUAACCUGAUCGCCUAAUGACCUGGAGAAGGUGGCGAGAUUUCCAAAUAUUACCAGACACUGGAAAGGCUGUGAUGGUCAGCUCAGGGACAGUCAUACAGUUAGCCUGGAUCACAAAAAAGAUAAAUGGGAGAUGUACGACUAAGGGGUCAGACGGGGGUUCCUGCUGAACGUCGUGGCUCCUACCCAUUCAUUGACUUCCGCCUACUUAACAAUACAACACACUCAGGGGAAAUUGGCACUAAGAAAAAGGUGAAAAGACUGUUAAGCUUUCAAAGAUACUUCCAUGCAUCGAGGCUGCUUCGUGGAAUUAUACCACAAGCCCCUCUCCACCUGCUGGAUGAAGACUACCUUGGACAAGCAAGGCAUAUGCUCUCCAAAGUGGGAAUGUGGGAUUUUGACAUUUUCUUAUUUGAUCGCUUGACAAAUGGAAACAGCCUGGUAACACUGCUGUGCCACCUCUUCAAUACCCAUGGACUCAUUCACCAUUUCAAGUUAGAUAUGGUCACCUUGCACAGGUUUUUAGUCAUGGUUCAAGAGGAUUACCACAGCCAGAACCCAUAUCACAAUGCUGUUCAUGCCGCUGAUGUCACCCAGGCCAUGCACUGCUACCUGAAGGAGCCAAAGUUGGCCAGCUCCCUCACGCCUCUGGACAUCAUGCUUGGACUGCUGGCUGCAGCAGCACACGACGUCGACCAUCCAGGAGUGAACCAGCCAUUUUUGAUCAAAACUAACCACCAUCUCGCCAACCUAUACCAGAAUACGUCUGUGCUGGAAAACCACCACUGGCGAUCCACAAUCGGCAUGCUUCGAGAAUCAAGACUUCUUGCUCACUUGCCAGAGGAAAUGACACAGGAUAUCGAACAGCAGCUGGGCUCCUUGAUCUUGGCAACAGACAUCAACAGGCAGAAUGAAUUUCUGACCAGGUUGAAAACUCACCUCCACAAUAAAGAUUUAAGACUGGAGGAUGUACGCGACAGGCACUUUAUGCUACAGAUUGCCUUGAAGUGUGCUGACAUUUGCAAUCCUUGUAGAAUUUGGGAGAUGAGCAAGCAAUGGAGUGAAAGGGUCUGUGAAGAAUUCUACAGGCAAGGUGACCUUGAACAGAAAUUUGAACUGGAAAUCAGUCCGCUUUGUAAUCAACAGAAAGAUUCAAUCCCUAGUAUACAAAUUGGUUUCAUGACCUACAUCGUGGAGCCGCUGUUCCGGGAGUGGGCCCGUUUCACGGGCAACAGCGCCCUGUCCGAGAGCAUGCUGCGCCAUCUCUCGCACAACAAAGCCCAGUGGAAGAGCCUGCUGCCGAAGCAGCACAGAAGCGGCGGCGGCGGCGCGGAGCACGCGGGCCGAGGGACUGAGAACGAGGAGCAGCCUGGGACCAAAGGCGACGCCCCGUAGUCCCAGCCGCCUGCCCCUGCUCCGCGCAGAGAGAAGGAGAACUCCUCGAGCAGAGGCCUCCUGAGAGGGGGGCAGCUCCGGGAGGGCGGGGGGGAGGGGGCUCUUGCCGACCAGCGCAGCCACGUGCUGGGUCUCCUCCCCGGGCACCUCGGAAUGCCGCCCUCCCCCUACUCACCUGCCCCCUCUCCUUUGUCCAAGUGUACAGAAGCCAUCCGUCACCUCAGCUUUCGCUGCCGAAAUAAGCAACUCCAUUCAGGAACGUGGGAGCAGUUCUCGGGGGGCAGGUUCGCCCCUCAAGGAGAAGACUGGAGAGUAAGAAAGAGGUGCUCCUGCCAUGUCCCCCUCGGGCCCUGGGUCACACUGUGACAGGCGAUGGUGGCGAGUCCAGAGCGUUUUAGCAUUUGCCAUCUGACUGCUGAUCUGCAUGACAAACACACCAGCACAUUCGGAACUCCAAGGAGAUGGGUCUGAAGUGCGAGAGCACAAAAGAGAACAUGAGAGAAAGGACCUUCUAUUUUAAUAAUAAUUAUUAUUAUAAAAAUAAUAAUAAAUCUUUUUAACUUUUAUAUUUUAUGCACUAGACAAUGGAUCUAAAACUUUGGACUAAGAUUACUCAAUGUACCCAAACUUGAACAGGGGGUUCAUUGUUUUGUUACUGACUUUAUGCCACUUUGGGUCAGAGAUUUGGCGUCUGCUCAAUUUAAGAAACCACGUUUCCUAUCCGAUCCGAGGGGAAGGUGCUGUACAGUCCAUUCCUUUGCACCAUUAGCCGAUCUGUCUUUUAUCAAUAACUCAGAUGCCGUGACAUGUUUAUAUGCACACGUGUACAUUUUCUGUAAAUACCAAGCGCUACUGAUUCCCAUGCCAAAAUACAUGAGUAUUAUGGGAUUGCUACCUGUAUAAACAAUGGCACUGUGAACAGAAUACUGUUAGUUUUAAUACAAGAGGACGCGUUUGUAAAUCUGGUAUAGAGUUUAUUAAUAUACUGUUGUUUGCAGAUAAAGGCCUUAACUUUAAACAUCUUUCAUCUUCUGAAAGCUGCCCGACUUAAAUCCUCACAGGCAUCCUUCUGAACUGCCUUCCCAUGCCCAUCUUUGUGCUUUCCAGCUACGGUCACAAACCAAAACUGACUAAAGUCUUUGAGGAAAUAUUCUGGAAACUUCACAAGCAUUCCGCUUGAGACCAUAGUGUUUAAUCUAUGGUACCAAGCACCGUUUCCUCAGAUUAAUGAGACCUUUCAACAAGCCUGAAGUCACUUUUCAACACAGCGAUGUUGCACACUGUUCUAACAAGCCAGCUGAUAAGCUCGUGUCUAUGUGACUCUUGUCUUGGACCGUGGCGGUGUGUCAGCCUCGCGGGAGACACGGCAGGUCUCACAAACCUCCUAUGACCCGCCAUCUAACCGUCAGGGAACUCCCUGCCCUCCCACCACACUUCUGUCUGCUGUGGCUACUGCACCAAAGAGCCUUUGGCUUAUGGUUGGUGUGCAUUUCUUUGGUGUUAAUAGUAACUGGAUUUUUCUUUUUCCUUAAUUUCGUGUGAACAACUACUCAAUUAUUUAGCGGAAGUUAACAUUAUUUAAGUCAAGAAAACAUUUCAGUUUUUCGGCCGAAUUUACCUUCCUGGCAGGUCAUCGUGGUUCGUUAUGGUUCUAGCGAACAAGAGUCACCUUGGAACCUGGUUGCUGUUUUUUUCUGCAGACUCUUGGUCGGACAAUCAGUUCGUUACAGCAUCCUUCUCUAGUGACUAAACUCUGUGAGUUCAACCUUUUCCCUAAAAGUUCUAGCGUAAGUAAUGUUACAUGAAAAUUGGCAUGUCCCUUUCUUCUUACCUUAAAUAACGCUGUAGUGGGAGAAUGAUAGGUGAUCAUUUCUGCCACUAUCGAGCUGUUUCGCAAGCUGACAAACUGACAGCUAACUCUCAUUUCCUACAUGCGACUCUUGUGGGCUUUUUCCCUCCUAACGUACAAAUGAAAUGUUAGAAACUUGACUGGUUUGUAAUAAGUUUCUAGAGAGAGACUGAGGUUUGCUGAGUGAAGGUUUAGGGGAAAUUUUGGAAAGUUGGUUAUAUUUUCAUUAAAGUAGGAGAGAUUGUCAGAUGGUACUAAGGGAAGUGUGAAAACCUCACGAAAUGGGCGGAUGAGAAGUUGAAAUUGUUGAUAUGGGUAAGAGAAGUUGUGAAAUCUCAACACUAGCUUUUUUGUCUCUGUAACGACUAUGAACUGACACAUGAUUCUUUAUUGCUUUAAUCCUCUGAAGCUCUCAGCUAGCUUGGUGAGGCCCCAAGAGAAAAUGUUGAAUGUAUUCCUGCUUCCAAAUCUCUCUUACUUUGGUCUGAUGAUGCAGAGAGAGCUUUCGAGUGGUCUGUGUUUAAUGUCCAUGAGAUCAAAUGAAGGAAGGCAAUUGUCAAGGAUGAUGCAGUGGAGAAAAGAAAGAAGAUGUUAUUUUAGCGAAUGGGGCUUCUGCCUUGGGUUUAGGAAAUGGACUUUGUUUAAAUUAUAUUUAUAUUGUAACUUAAGUAAGAUUGGAGGCAUUUUUAGUAGUUCCAAGUUCAUAGGACAAAAGUCCAUGUUAUGGUUAGGUCUUGAAGAAGAGCUCGCAGAGAAAACCACCAAAUAUCCGGUUAUGAAGCAGCUACCAGUACAAUCAAAAUUUGAAGUAAAAUGAGACACGAUGCAUAAACUAGAUGCAUUUUUGUCCUUCUUUCAACCAUCUGGAGUUUUCCUGAGUUCUUUGCUUUUUGGCAAAAAAAAAAAAAAGAAAGAAAGAAAAUGUGACAACUUUUUUUUCCUGCCUCCUAGCUGCUCCCGUUCAAUAGAGGAGUUCAAUUGCCAGUUAAGACGCAGAUGUUGGAUCACCCGUGGAUUUUAUCUUUAUAUUCUUCUCCUGGUCCACGGACCACCAAUAGUUGACUUACCAAGUUUAAUUCUGUCAUCCCUCGAGAAGAAAGGAAUCAAAGGGCUAUUUUUAGUAAGGAAAAUAGAGUUCAGAUCAAAUUAAGAGAGAGAAUAUUCGUCACUGCCAGGCCUGACCGUCAAAGCCUGCUUCUCCUUUAACAGCAUCUGUGAAUAGUCAGAAACUUGUCCAGAAGCCCGGACCUAUCCAUAACUCCUCUAGGCUGAGUAAAAUUCCCGCUCUUUUCCACCUGCUUAAGGCUUCCCACAAAGGCAUUUGGAGCGUGUCCGGCAACACUGUUUUCAGAUAGUGCUUCCUACAAACCGCAGACUAGUUUUGUAAUCUUUUCUCAUGUUGAAUCAGAUCUGCUCACUGAUUUGAAUUUGGUUAUGAGCUUGUGUCUCACUGUAUUUCUUAUGCUUUGUUUUUUUAAGCAAAUCCUUAAAAUUGUGUUGUUUUCUGUACACAUGUGAGAUUUGGAAAAACACACACACACACACACACACACCUUGUGAGUUUUGCUCAAAAUGUGGCCUAAAUAUCCAUUGGCAUGUCUAGAUGAACAAUUGGAAAUAAAGAUAAUUUUUUAAAAAUAUCAAGGUAUAAAAAUAUACUGAUUCUCACCAGGUAACAUGUUACCAGCAAAUCAAUCAGAUUCAACAGAAAAGGCCCAACUGCUCAGGAGAGGAGACUUUCAAGGGAAAAAAUGUACAGACAUGGUCUCCAUGUGACUCAUUCUACUUGGGGCUGCAACAAUAGCCAUGACCUUGAAGGCAUCACUCGCCAGUUAGUCCCAAGUCAGAGAAAGAGGGCUCUCUUUCUCCCACCAUUCAGUUCUACACUUUCUCUGGGUCCUGAUAUGUUUCUGUGUCACAUUUGUCAAACUCAUAUAUGAGUGAGAAUGAAGUACAAUGGAUUAGGUUGUAAAGACAAAGCAGACUUCAUUCAGUAAUUACCUGUGAAAAAUAUGGUCUUGUAGAUGUCAGGACUGGAAACCAUCUAGAACAAUAGAACAGUUCAGGCAGGACAACCAAAUGUCCUAAACCCAUCUUGAAAUAGAGGAGAAAAAAACCGCCACCAUUGUUUCCCAGAAACAACCUUGUAUCUGCAUAGUCUCUUCAUGUCCCUUUUUAUUAAGAUUGGAUUCAGAAUCUCACUGAUCCCUUCAUGCUUCCCUAUGUCUGAUUACAAAGCCUCUUUAACAUUUGUGGAUAUUUAAUAUCAUAAAAUCAAAAUCAAAAUUGAGACCCUAGUGGUCUUCCAAGUAACAGUGAGACACGAUUUUCAAAUGUCCCUGGGAACGUAGCUGAGACAUUGUGAAAUAAGUCAAGCCGAUGUGAGCAAUUGAAGAUCUACCAUCUACUACGUACCAGAAGUUGCACUAGACACUUGGGAUAUAAAAAGACUCCAUUUCUCCAGGAGCAUUCAGACUCUGUCAGAGACCGUUGUUGCCAGUGGACGCUUCUUAGAGAAGCCGUGAGAACUUCUGUAAGGGCUCAACCACCGCUAAAGCUCUCGAGUACAAAGGAACAGAAUGCAGAUAAGCUUUGGAGACUUGUAGGGGCCACGAGCAGGCUGCCCCAAAAUGUGCUAUGUCGCCAUAUUGAUUAUUUUAAAUAAAAUUACUUAAGUGACAGCCUGUGUAAGAAGGACCCUCAGGCCCUCCUCUGUCCCCCUGAAAGCAGGAGAUAAAUCUCCCAUGUGAAAUGUACCCUCCUGUACCAAGAGGUAGAGACAUCCUUGUCACCAGAGAUGGGAAAUUUAGAGCCAAGAAGGCUGCGUAAACAACUCUUCUCACUUUUUACUAAUUUACUACCCCAAGCCAAAUUCUGCUUAGCAUUCUUUACUAACUGAAGCUCCCAAAGUUAAGUUUUCUUCGUCCUGUCAAUUCCUCCCAGAUCUAUUGUCUUUGUCUAAAAAGCAUAAAACAGCCUGCCUUGGUCAUUUCUUCAGGCCUCAAUUUCAUUAUUGGGCCUCCACGGGCACAUAAUCAAACUUUGCAUUUUUCUCCUGUAAAUC